AUGGGCUGCAUCAUCUACAAGACACAACCCACCGAAAGCACGCGUCGACCGGGAAAAAUGCAACAGUGGGUUGGGCUUGUUGACCCCCGCGGUGGGUGCGACAAGCGAAGGGGCUCCAUCGCUGGGCGCGGGCUGUAUAACCAUAAUGGGUCAAGGACGCCAGAUCUAGAGGACGUGUGA